AUGACCAGCAACAACAUCAUAACCAUCGCGAUUGACGUAUUUCGGGGGCCUUUUUUCUCUCCGCAUUUUAUUUUCUCCACUGGCACACGCGACAGUGUUGAAUACAUACCCGUUGCAGCUUGGAGGAGCUUGCUGCUGCGACAAUCUGUCACUGCCAACGUCACGGCUUGCUCGCUUUCCGGUGCCGCCUUAUCUGUUAUUCACCACUGUCGAUAUCGGCGCGUUUUCUUGGUGGUUUCACGACACCUCCCAUCGUGA